AGAUCGCUUAUUCGCUAAUUUCGCUUUAAAGAGUAGAGACCUUGAUCAGCAGUCAGAAGCUCAAUAAUGGCAGGUUGGUGGCGAUCGUUUGAUUGCCUUCAAAGGCACUUGGCCCAGUUUGCACGUUACAAAGUUAAUUCUGGUCGGGCACAAACUGCAAAUCUUGUGAGAUACAGCACGCAAGUAGAAGAAAGCAAGAGUUUCUACCAGAGUGAAACACUUAGAACUUCAGAAAACAGUAAAGAAAAAUAUGGAGGCCUUGGAUUGGACCACAAGUAUCAAACAGCAUUCGGAGAGGCAAUCGGAUAUGCCCGUGCUUUGGGAGUUGUGAUGGGGGUUGGUGUGCAAACAGAUUUGACAACACCAGCUCUUGCUAAGUUUGGAAGUGACUACCUAAAGAGAGAGUUCUUGGUUCCAAGUAUUGCUGGAGAUGUAGUUAGUUGCUUGGGGGUCAGUGAGCCAAAUGCAGGGUCAGAUGUGGCUGGGCUGAUGACCACUGCUCGUCGUCAAGGAGAUGACCUGAUCAUCAAUGGUCAGAAGCUGUGGAUUACAAAUGCCUGGUCUGCUGACUGGAUGUCUCUACUGUGUAACACAAAUCAGGGACCUCCCCACAAGAAUAAAUCCCUUGUAAUUGUCCCCAUGAAGUCACCAGGUGUUCAUCUAACAAAACUCAUUGAUAAACUGGGUAUGCGGAGCUCUGAUACGGGCCAAAUUUUCUUUGAUGAAGUUCGUGUUCCUGCAAAAAAUAUCAUUGGAGAGGAAGGGAAGGGAUUCAUUUACCAAAUGCAUGGGUUCCAGGCAGAGCGAAUAAUGCUAUCUGUGAUGGGCUUGAAGCCUUCAGAGCUAUGUAUCCAAGAAACUAUUAAAUAUACCAGGGAGAGGAAGGCUUUUGGAAAAUCAAUUCUUGACAAUCAGUAUGUGCAUUUCCGACUGGCAGAGCUGGAGACAGAGGUAGAAAGUCUGAGAUCAUUGAUAUACAGAGCAGUCGAUUUGUAUGUAAGAGGAGAAGAUGCAACAAAAUUAAUAUCAAUGAGCAAGCUAAAAGCUGGCCGAUUGGCACGAGAAGUAACUGAUACUUGUCUCCAAUUUUGGGGAGGAAUGGGUUUCACAAAUGAGGUUUUGGUGAGCCGAUGGUAUAGGGAUUUAAGGCUUUUAUCUAUUGGAGGAGGAGCUGAUGAGAUUAUGUUGAACGUGAUAUGCAAAUAUAUGGGAACCCUUCCUAUGCCAGUCAAGUAAGACGGUCUUUGCAAGUUCCCAUCAUUGUUUGCAGUGGUGGCUACAGCAGCGUCUGAUUAUCAAGCUCCAUAGGCAGUGAGUAGCGAGAAGCAUCCUUCACUGGUAUUGUAAGCAGGUGCUUCAAUCAGUAGACAUUCAGUGAGCAGUAGCUGGUAUUUUACACAAGUGACGUGCUCAUUAUCCUGUUCAAGCAAAAGCUGAUACUGCAGAAAAUGAAGUCAAUCUUCACAGUUAGCAGUGCCAGGGUCACAAAAGCAGUAGUGAACUCCAUUCACAAGUAGCAGAUUGUACUAGACACAGUGUAUAUCAGCAGUAUUCUUUGCAGUUGAUGGCUGGAGCUGCAAUUAAAAAAUGAAAGCCAAUAUUCUCAGCAACUAUUAACUUAAUCACUGCUCUGUUUACAUGAAAUUUCUGCCUGUGGUAAUUAAUGGCCACUCUUCUGAACCUUUAACACUACCUGUAAGUGUGGAGUGCACUAUACCUGAUACCUGUUGACAGCCUGUAAAAACGAAUGGCAAGAGUUGCUGUUGAUUGUUAUAGACAUGGGGCUAGUACUUCCUAUAUUUAGGCUGCUGGAACUACCACUCAGUAAAUUUUGAAACUAUUUUGAAAUUUUUCUUGAUAACCACUAUUGUCAGUACAGACAAUGGUAGUCAUCAAGAAAGGUGUCAAAAGCAUUUCAAAUUUGAUCAAUUGGUAGUUAUAGCAGCAUAAGGUAUGGGAAGCAAUGGCCCAUGUCUAUACAGUGUUUCCCCCGUAUUCGCGGGGGAUGUGUACCGGACACCCCUGCGAAUAGUUAAAACCACCACUAAAAAUGCUUAUAACUGCCUAUCUUUAAAGUUCAGAUGCCAAAUGUAUACCUUUAAUAACAUCCUACUUCAAAUAUACCUAAAAUUACUAACCUAUUACUGUAUUAAUCUGAGGUUAGAUAUUAAUAUUUUAAAGUCAUCCUAAACAUUUUACCAUUAAAAAUAUAUACCUACAGCAAAUAACAGAGAGAGAGAGAGAGAGAGAGACCAAUGAAUGGCAACAUCAUAUAUUUGACCCUCAAGAGUGAAAUUAUGAAUUAUUUCUGAGACAGAGAGAAUAAUAAUGGAGAGAGAGAGAGAAGAACUCCUAGACUCUGCUUCCUCCCCUCCACCAAUACGUAUAACAAACUCAUUUACUCCCCCGCCCAUGUUCCUCCAAGUGGAUAAAAAGACUGGGAAUCGCUAUUUUUAAUUAAUCUUAUUAAUAUUUGAAAAUUAGUUAUAAGGUAAAUAAUUUAUUUACACUACAAAACAAAUAGACAUACGUAAUAU